CCACAACCACAACCACAACGGCUCCAACCACAACCACAACCACAGCGGCUACAACCACAACAGCAGCUACAACCAAACCAAAGACUACUCCAACAACAACACCAACUACUCUUGCGACAACUACAACUACAACAACUGAAGCUCCUCCUCCAGUGUUUGUUGUUGCAGCAACUGUGGUUGAACCAUUUGUUCCAGAGCUCAAUGACAGAAAUAGUGUGCAGUUCAAAACUCUUGAAGUAAGAGUGAUAGCAGUGUAUGAUAUCAUCUACAGAGCAAGAUAUGGAAUUUUCUUCGUUCGGAGUUAUAUCAUUGCCUUCAGACCGGCCUUCACCAGGUUACGAAUGAAUGGUACUCAAGCAGAGGUGGGCGUAGAGUUCAAUAAAACCACACCAGCUACGACAGUCCCAAAGGCUGAAGAGGUUCAGGCAACACUAAAGGAGGCUGUGAAUAACCCCAACAUCACUUUGAAUGUCACAUUCGACGCGGCUUCCAUUGAAAUAAUACGUGUACCUGCAACUGCACCCCCAAUCGUUAGUACAACAGUUUUGCAAAAUGCGACGAUUACAACCAAUGGAACUGCUGCCAACAUCACUACCGUUGCAGUAACAAUGAAGCCUGGAACGUCAGCUGCUAGCAAUGCAACGACUAAAACGCUUACUACAGUUACAACCACCACAACAACAAAAACCACAACUGCGGUGCAAACAAUAAGGCAGCUGACUUUUAGGUCUCCUGGAGAGACCUUUACAACCGAUUUGCUCGACUUAACGUCGACAGCAUUUAAAAACCGAGCCACACUUUUAAAGUCCACUCUUGAACCAUACUACAAGCGAUCGUUUUCUUCAUUCAGUGAUCUAACAGUGAAGUCUUUCAGAAACGGCUCAAUCAUCAAUGUAAUGGACCUUCGAUUUGCAUCUGCAUCUCCUCCUACUGGAUCCGAAAUUGCGCAAGUUUUGGUCAACGCAGCUUCAAACAUCACUGCCUUCACCGUUGACACUACUAGCAUUUUUGUGGAUGGAACACAGGUGUCAAGUGGAGGAAACCACAAGAUCAGUCUCAUCAUGGCUUCCUGCAUGGUCCUGUUGUCAUGGCUGUUGUCAAGCCAACACUAACAUCUGUGCUAACUUCUAGCAGAUAAUCUGCUUAAAAAUAUAUUCUAACUGGAAACCACAUGAAAGGGCAUUUUGUUUAAGAGAAAUAAUUACUCAAAGAACAUUUUCUAAGCAUGUUUCAGCAAAUCAUCAGUCAAAAACUUAAAUACUGAUAAAAGAACAUUUAUGUGUACAACUUGUGAAGAUGUGAUUAAGAUGUUACUUUGGCAGUAAAAUCCUGGAUCCAGUCUAUGAAGAAAAUAACUCGUGAACUUCCUGCUUCUAUCGAGUCAUUUCUGUUGUCAAAAGAAGUGACGAAGGAUUUAAAGAUUUUCUUUCUCAAAUCCACUGCACUUUAUACUUAUAUGAAGUUUCAUUAUCAUGUUCAUUAUUUAUAUAUAUUUUUUAAUUCUAAUGAAGGAAUUACCUGAAUGAUUAGUAGGUGACACAGUUUAUGCAAGCUCUAAAGAAUCCUCUAUAAAUGAAUGCUAUGGGAUAAAAGAGAUGUAGAGCAUCUCUUAAUCACAAGAUAACCUUUGUGAUUAUCUUGUUUUUCUUUUUAAUAUAAACAAAUAAAUGAGAUUGGUUGUUUCUGUAUUCAAUAUUCUCUUAAGUGUUAUGCAAGCUUAUUUCUGUGUAUCUGAUGAAGAAAUGUAAUAACAGACAAUAUCAACAUUAAAUUAAAUUAAGAUCAUUGCGAUAUUUACCUUUAGGGUGAAAGAUGUGUUAAAGGGUGUAAAAUACAAUGUAGUUGUUUCCAAUAAAUACAUUAUGUAAAAA